AUGUCAGACCCGCCGUUUUUGAACAACCAGUCUUAUUUAGAUGCCCCAUCAGACUUUUCUGGAUUGCGUCCACUUGGCUUCGAGACAGACUUUUCUGAAUCGCGUCCACUUGACUUCGAGUCGCAGAAACUGGCAGACACUCUAGAUGCUGAAGAAGAAGAUCGGUUAAACAAUGAAGGAUCACAAGGAGAUCCAUCAAGUGUUCGGAUUAGAAGGUUGAUUGAUGUUGAAGAUGAUGAUGAUGAUGAUGAUGUGGAAAUCAUGCCUGGGCCGAGACAGAAUAAUCAUGUUGGUGUUAGAGAUCGUGGCAAAGGAAUAGCAUCUCAAAGUCAGAGUAAGAGAAGUAUGUUUGGGGCUGCUGUUGGAAAAGGAAAAGCAUCACAGGUUAAGAGUAGGAAAAAUCUGUUUCUAUCUGCACGUGGUAAUGGCAUUGGCAAUGGAAGAGCAUCUCAGAAUAAGAGUAAGAAAAAAGUGGUUGAGGUUGAAGAUGAUCAAGCUGGAAAAAGAGUUUCUCCUGAACCGAGAAAGAGAAAAGUGUAUGAGGCUGAGUCAAGCUAUGUGAAUAAGAAAAACAAAGAGGCUCUUGAGAGCGAAGAUGAAUUAAAUGAAGAGGGCGAAGAAGCAGUUCCAAAUCAGAAACAGAGAAAGCCGAAAAGACAGUCCUCACCAGCUUGGGAAGAUUUCGUGCUUAUUACUAAGCCUGACGGGACAGAAAAGGCUCAAUGUACACACUGCAAGAAUGAAUAUGCGUAUGAGUCCCACAAGACGGGUACUAAUACUCUAUUACGCCAUCAGAGAGUCUGCAAUUUGAAACCUAGGAAUGGUGAUGUAAAACAAAUGUUGGUGAAUGCAGAGGCAAAACUACAAGCACGAAAGAUUGAUCAAUCUGUUUUUCGUGUGAUGGUAGCUAAGUCUAUAAUUCAGCACGAUCUGCCUUUUUCUUACGUGGAGUACGAAAGGGUAAGAUCGGUUUGGAAGUACCUGAAUGCAGAUGUGAUUUUCUUCAGUCGUAACACAGCCGCAGACGAUGUUUACAAGUUCUAUUUAAGUGAGAGUGACAACUUGAAGCGAGAACUAGCUAGUCUUCCAGGCCGGAUUAGCUUCACCUCUGAUUUGUGGUCGGCAAUCACACAUGAGGGGUACAUGUGCUUGACAGCACACUAUGUAGACCGAAACUGGAAGUUGCAGAGCAAGAUUCUCUCAUUUUUUGCUUUUAAGUCUCCACAUACAGGUAUGGCAUGUGCAAUGAAGCUUCUUGAGAAAUGGAGUGAAUGGGGAGUCCAGGAAAAGGUGUUCUCGAUCGCACUAGACAAUGCUAGUAGUAAUGACUCAAUGCAAGACAUUCUGAAAUCACAGCUUCUUUUGCGUAACGACUUGUUGUGCGGUGGAGAGUUCUUCCAUGUUAGGUGUUCAGCUCACAUCUUGAAUUUGAUUGUUCAAGAUGGCCUCAAAGUCAUUGGCGACUCAUUGCGUAAAAUCAGGGAUAGUAUCAAAUAUGUGACAUCUUCCGAGUCUCGUGAGACGGCGUUUAGAAAAUGCGUUGAGUCUGUUAGAUGUGAAUCUAAGCUUGCUUUGGGAUUGGAUGUUCAAACACGAUGGAAUUCUACAUACAAGAUGCUUGCUAGAGCUGUCGAUUAUCGUGAAGCUUUUUGUUAUCUUCAGAAAAUGGAUGGGAGAUAUUUCAAGGUCAAUCCUUCAGAAGAUGAAUGGGACCGACUAAGUCGCUUGUCUGAAUUUUUACAGCCAUUUGAUGAGAUCACGCAGCUUAUGUCAGGUUCAACAUAUCCAACUUCGAAUUUAUAUUUCAUGCAGCUUGAUGAAGUAUCUUUCCAAGGAAAGAUGAAGCGCUUGCGUGAUAAAAUGCGUACUCUUUUUGAGUCCUAUGAUCCAAAAACGGUCUUGCCAUCAACACAGCCUCAGGGAAGUGAAAACCAAAACAGAGAUAAUGGAAUGCUUAAAGGGAACUUCGCCAAUUAUGAUGAUUUUUUCAUGUUUCGCAAGAGUAAUGUUGUUGUUAGUGGAAAAUCUAAGUUGGAACUGUAUCUUGAUGAACCACCAUUGGACAUGACAAGUAAUUUGAGUAUGGACAUACUACAUUUCUGGAAAGACAACUCUGAAAAAUAUGGUCAAUUAGCUUCAAUGGCAGCUGAUCUACUCAGCAUUCCUAUUACAACAGUGGCUUCAGAAUCAUCUUUCAGCAUUGGAUCUCGAGUUUUGAACAAGUACAGAAGUAGACUUCUUCCGAAAAAUGUGCAAGCUCUGAUCUGCAGUCGUAAUUGGUUAAGAGGUUUUGAAUCUCAUGAAAAUGAGGAGGAUGAAGUUUAUAACAGUGAUGAAGAUAUCACUCCGAAAGAAGCAGUUGAUGAUGAUAAAGAUGAGUGA